GUCCCGGCGGCACAGGGCAGCGCCGCGGGGGCGUCCGCGCCGCCGCAGCCCGCCCCGGCCCCACGGCACGGCCCCGCCGCCGCCAUGAGCGGCCCGUACCCGGAGGAGAGCUGCGCCGAGCGCCCCGAGUGCAAAAGUAAAUCGCCAACUUUGCUCUCCUCCUACUGCAUCGACAGCAUCCUGGGCCGGCGGAGUCCCUGCAAGGUGCGGCUGCUCGGCGCCGCGCCCAGCCUGCCCGCCAUCGCCGCUCGCCCGGACAGUGACAAGGCCGCGCAAGGCGCAGGGUCCCCCAAGGGCAGCCCUCCCUUCGAGCCGGCCGAGUUGCACCUUCCCCCCAAACUGCGCCGGCUCUACGGACCGGGCGGGGGCCGACUGCUGGCGACGGGGCCGGUGGGGCCACGGGCAGACCGUCCAGAGGGGCGGCCGGAGGGGGGCGCGGGCCCCGUGUCUGCCGCCGCCCCGUGGGACACGCUGAAGAUCAGCCAAGCGCCCCAGGUCAGCAUCAGCCGCAGCAAGAGCUAUCGCGAAAACGCACCCUUCGUGGCUCCACCACCCGCCCGGGACGAGCUGGGCAGCCCUGUUGCGCACGUCGAGGAGCGGCCAGGCCCCGCCGCACCGGCCGCCGAGGACGAGGAGGAAGAAGAGGACGAAGAAAUGCUGGAGGAAGAAGACGAGGAGGAAGAGGAGCUGGAGGACGAUGAAGAGGAGGAGCUGCUGGGCGAGGACGGCGGGGGGCUGCUGAAAGAGACCCGUCGUGGAGCUACCACAGCCCCCCGGGCGGAAGGCGGGGAUCUGUCCCCCAAGGAGGAGUUGCUGUUGCACCCCGAGGACGGCGAGGGCAAGGACGGCGAGGAGAGUGUCUGCCUCUCGGCCGGCAGCGACUCCGAGGAGGGGCUGCUCAAGAGGAAGCAACGCCGCUACCGCACCACCUUCACCAGCUACCAGCUGGAGGAGCUGGAGAGGGCCUUCCAGAAAACCCACUACCCCGACGUCUUCACCAGGGAGGAGCUGGCCAUGAGGCUCGAUCUAACCGAAGCCCGAGUGCAGGUAUGGUUCCAGAACCGUAGGGCUAAGUGGCGGAAGAGGGAAAAGGCUGGGGCUCAGACACACCCCCCAGGUUUGCCUUUCCCUGGUCCCCUGUCAGCAACUCACCCCCUCAGUCCAUACCUUGAUGCUAGUCCUUUCCCUCCUCAUCACCCAGCUCUAGACUCCGCCUGGACCGCUGCCGCCGCCGCCGCGGCCGCCGCCUUCCCCAGCCUACCGCCGCCUCCCCCCGGCUCCGCGGCACUGCCCCCCGGCGGGACCCCGCUCGGCCUCGGCACCUUCCUGGGCGCCGCCGUGUUCCGCCACCCCGCCUUCAUCAGCCCCGCCUUCGGCAGGCUCUUUUCCACCAUGUCCCCCCUGGGCAGCGCCUCCAGCGCAGCAGCCUUGCUGCGGCAGCCGGCGCCAGCCGCCGAGGGCGCAGUGGGCUCGGCGGGGCUAGGGGACCCGGCCAGCGCCGCCGCCGACCGGAGGGCCUCCAGCAUCGCCGCCCUGCGGCUCAAGGCCAAGGAGCACGCCGCCCAGCUCACCCAGCUCAACAUCCUCCCCGGGAACAGCACGGGGAAAGAGGUGUGCUAAGGCACGGCUGCCCUCCUCGGGGUUCGGGUCGGGGUUUUUUAGGGGCGGGAAGAGAGAAGAGGAGAGUAAAUACGCGAAUAAAGGUCACCUCAGACAGCACGAA